UUAGGGUUUGGGGAGUUGAUGCUCAACGGAGCUUUGGUUGCACUCUGCUAUAUUGAAGGAGAUAAAGGGAAGAUCUUUGGUUCCAUUGUAAAAAAAACAAUGGAGAUGAAUAUGUCAGAGAAUCAGUUUAAAGUGUCUAUGGAGACAGAGAAGUUUUUAUGCAAUCGUUUGAUGGAUCAAAGUCAGUCAAUUUCCGAGCGUUUCAGAGCUCUUUUUUCUCUUCGUAAUCUCCGAGGGUCUGGCCCUCGCAAUGCACUAAUAUCUGCAACGAGGGAUCCUUCAAAUCUGUUGGCACACGAGGCUGCGUUUGCCUUGGGUCAGAUGCAAGAUGCAGAAGCCAUCCCUGCUCUGGAAGCGGUUCUCAAUGAUUUUUCUUUGCAUCCUAUAGUUCGACACGAGGCUGCAGAAGCACUUGGUGCAAUUGGUCUAGAUUCCAAUAUGCCUCUUUUGAAGAAUAGCUUGGUAUUAGAUCCAGCUCAAGAAGUUCGAGAAACUUGUGAAUUGGCUCUUAGCAGGAUUGAGGAACUGAAGAACAGUAAAAAUUCUAUAACAAAUCCAUCACCCUUUUUGUCAGUUGACCCAGCUGCAGCUGCAUGUUUUUCUUCUUUGGAUGAUUUAAGGGAUGUUCUUCAUAAUGAAGACAAAAAUAUGUAUGAGCGUUAUGCUGCACUUUUUGCCCUUAGAAACCUUGGAGGCGAUAAAGCUAUUGCUGCUAUUAUUGGCUCAUUGAGCUCUAAAAGCGCUCUUUUGAAGCAUGAGGUUGCUUAUGUUUUGGGUCAAUUGCAAGAUAAAGCUGCUUCAGAAGCACUUUCCAGGAUUCUUAUGGAUGUAAAUGAGCACCCUAUGGUUAGGCAUGAAGCUGCUGAAGCUCUUGGUUCUAUUGCAGAUGAGCAAUGUAUAGUACUUCUCGAAAAAUUCUCCAAGGAUCCUGAACCCAUAGUCUCUCAGAGUUGUGAAGUGGCCUUGAGCAUGUUGGAGUUUGAGAAAGACGGGAAAUCCUUUGAGUUUUUCUUCAUGCAGACACCUCAAAUUCAAGAACUAACCGACAUUGUGUCCCCACUUCAUUGAAGAGAAUGUGUUUAUUGUCCAAACCAUAGGUUGGAUGGGAAAUUUAUUUAUCAAGAACUGAUGAAGAAAAAGAAAAAUGUCCUAAUUUAUUUAUUUUUAGAUGUUUGCUAAUAUUGUAACUUAAUUUGUCUUUUCCUGCGUGUCCCAUUUUGAUGUUAUUAUAUCAUGCUUAAAA